GUCAGUGGCUUGAUGUUCCUCUGUUUGGACUGUUGGGAAAUAUCUCUGAUGCAUUUCGCAACGAGGGAGGAGCGUCAACCGGAAUACGAUCAGCUGUACUUCCUACACACACACACACACACACACACACGGCUGAGGACUUCACGGUGCUCCACCGUUACUCCAGCAGAUUUACAGCCGAGACGCAGCGCUGACAGGCGGCUGUAAAUCUUCAGAGCUCCCGGUGCUGCGGAGCUAACCAGAGAGUGUGUGUGAGGCUGCAGCAGAAGGACACACACUCACACACACCGAGAUAACCCCGAUCUACUCCUCCUCAGCGGCAGACCUCCCAGACCUGCUCUCCAUGGCGUCCUUCGUCUCCACCCUCCUGUUCAUCCUCGUCACUGUGGGCGGGAUAACACCAGCUGUCAAUCAGCCGUCAGAGCCCAUGUGUUAUGACUGGGGGGAGUCCAGUGUGGGGGGGGUGUCAGUGCUGGAGGGGGAGGUGGGCUGGCUCUCCUGCCCUCUCUUCUCUCACCCAUCCGUCUACAACUACACCUCAACCCAGAGCGCCGGUCACAACCUGUUCUGGUACCGCCUCCCCGAGGGCCAUGACUUGGAGCAGCCGAUCCCCUACAGCUCGAGGCUCAGCAGAGACCGGGACAGACUGUGGCUGCAGCCGAGCAGCGCCGCAGACACCGGCCUCUACAUCUGCAUGCUGAGGAACAAGACGUCGUGCAGUAAGAUCGCGAUGCGUCUGACCGUCCUUCGGCCCGACGAGGUCGUCCGCGCUAACGACUGCGAUCUUCCCGUUGCCGUGGAAACGACCCCCAUGGUCAUUCCCUUCCAGAUGGGGGAGAUAAUGGACUGCCCCGACCUGCAGGAGGCCGCCAAGGUGGCCGACGUCAACACAAUGACCACCGUCACCUGGUACAAUAAAUGCAAGCAGCCCCCGUUCUUUGGGGGCAACCGGCAGCAGAAGGGGGUCCGUCUGCAGGUCCACCAGAUGCUGGGACCGUACCAGGGACUGUACAUCUGCACGGUGACCUACCUGAGGAGAGGACGAGCCCUCAACUUCACCCGCAGCAUCAACGUCAGCGGAGUCACUCCGCCCAAUCUGCCCAAAUAUCCAAUCAUCUUGAACCCCACUAAGGAGCAGAUCUUCACUGUCAAACUGGACUCGGAGGUGCGUUUGGUGUGCAAAGCUCUGCUCCCGUACCUGGACUCUCCCUGGGACCUCUGGUGGACAGUGGAUGGGAAGAAGGUGGACAAACUCCCCGACCGCUUCUCCAAACAGAACAGACUGCUGAAGAACAACUACGGCGACCGUACAGAGGAGUCUGUGCUGGUGAUUCAGGACUUCUCGUCUGAGGACCUGAGCCGACAGUAUAACUGCUCCGUGAGGAACGACGCCGGGUUCACCACCCACAGAGCAGUGCUGCAACGGGAGGUGUCGGUGCCGACGGUAGAGCUGGGCUGUGGUCUGGGGGCCACGCUGGUCCUCAUGCUGCUCCUUUUCGUUGUCUAUCACGUCUUCUGGCUGGAGCUGCUGCUGCUCUACCGCUCCUGGUUCGGCACUGAUGAGCGGCACACAGACGACAAGGAGUACGAUGUGUACAUCUCCUAUGCGAGGAGCAGUGAGGAGGAGCACUUCGUGCUCUGUACGCUACGCAGCGUCCUGGAGAACGAGCUGGGAUAUUCUGUGUGUAUCUUCGACAGAGACAGCCUGCCGGGGGGGACCAUCACAGACGAGACUCUGAGCUUCGUGGCUCGAAGCCGGCGCCUCCUGGUGGUGGUUAGUCCGGGGUACGCCUCCCGAGGCUCCCAGGCUCUGCUGGAGCUGCAGGCCGGCAUCGACAGCAUGGCGCGGGGGGGGCACCUGCGUGUGAUCCUGGUCCAGUACAAGCCGGUGGGGAGGCAGGAGCUGGUCAGGGAGCUGAGGAGGGCCCGGGUGGCCCUGGUGCUGGUGCGAUGGCAGGGGGACAAAUCCAGGGAGCUGACGUCUCGCUUCUGGAAGAGGCUGAGGGUUGAGCUACCCGUGAGGAGGGUGAUCAGCCGGGGGGGGGAGGAGGGGAAUAAAGAGGUGCUGAGGCUGCACAGCCAGAACAGCACUAACUCCCAAACAGGCCUCAUCACCGACACCCUGAAGCACCCCCAGAAAGUCUUCCACUCAGCAGCGUAGAGCACUGUGUUCCUCUGGACCAGCGGCAGGAUGUCUAAUGUCCCACAGAACAAGGCAACUGUGCAACUGUGCACAAAUAUAAGUAUUACAGAGUCUGAUUACCCAAUCCACAUGAGACGUGACGCACAUCUGCAGCGUAAACAGGACAGUUGAUUCUGAUAAGGAACCGAGGCAGAGCUGCAGGAAGUGAUGUCAUCAGAGACCACAGGCUGUUAGCAGACGAAACUGACUCUAAGAAAUGCUGGAUAGAAAUAGCUCUGAGAUUCAGCCACUGAAGCAGGGCCUUAUCAUUCCCACCCAACCCAUGGUGACUGUUCUGGAAACAUCUCAGAUUAAUGAGCUUAUCAUGAACUAAGUAAUUAGAGUAAUUACCAGUCAGUGAUGCGUUUUUCACUCUUAGUAUUUACUGAUAGGCCGAAAAAUCUGUCAAUAAAUGCAAAAAUAUAACAAAUUCUUCUGACACCAAGAGCCAUUAAUGACAUCAUUUCACCAGUAAAGCCUCUAGUGGUUGGUACAGGAACUGCACAUCUUAAAAACAAGCCGAUCGGAAUAACGUUGGGUGUCGUCUGCAAAGAGACAGAUUCAGAAUAAAAAGACUUUAAACUACUUUAAGAAAAUGUAACAGCAAGGAAUUCAAUUAGUCAGAAAUAUAUGUAUUAAACUCACCUGCAGCGUUCCCUACCCUGCUCCCCGCAUAUGGCAGCCCACUACUCCCAACACUAGGAUUGGACAGAUGCAGGAUGUACAUUCCCCCCCCCCCCCCCCCCCCCGUGGGACCAGUAAGGGCUCCUUCCUCUCUGGUCGUUGCUGUAACUCUACUCCAGUCUCUCUGUUGCCUCUAAGUGAUGCAGCAUAUCUGCAAUAAAUCAAGGUUUAUCUUUCUUUAAAUGAAACUGAACGUUGCGGUUCUUCUCGAACACUUUAGAAAGCAUCCUGCACUUUGUCUUCAUUUCAGUUUGUAUUUUUUCUCUAAUUCACCUGAUGUUUUAAUAAAUGCAUUUUUCAUCUA